AUGGAAUUAACGGUUGAUCCGUUGGGCAGAACGCCUCUCGGUAACUAUGAAUUGGCAAUUCGGUGUCUGGGGGCAGUUAUUUUCUACCUCAAGUACUGUCUGGCCGAUACUGAAAUCCUCUCCCUCGGACUUAUAAAGGAGUACCAGCCACCGGACGCAGUAUCUUCAACACCGGGUCUCUCGGACCAACCCUUCUACGAGCGCCAAGUUAACAUGGUUCUGGACAGCGUGACUCUAGAAAAUUUGGAGAUUCUCUCCACCGGAAUAAAGGGUUCAAUAAAGGGCAGCCUACUCGAACGUCUCGAUUCAUGCUGUACGCCUUUUGGUCGAAGGCUGCUGCGUUCCUGGGUGGUCAAUCCACCAUGCCACCCGGCCACCAUUACCAGACGUCAGGAUGCUAUAGAAGAGCUGAUGCUAUUGGCGCCCCAACUUCAGGGCGUUCGUGAUGGCCUUCGGCGUCUGCCUGACCUUGAGCGCCUUUUAACCAAGUAA